AUGGACGUCGAAGCGCUGAUUGAGCAACUCACGCUGGAGGAAAAGGUGUCUCUCACAGCCGGCGUAAACUGGUGGCACACGGCGACGAUCGAGCGGCUGGGGAUCAAGCCCAUCCGGCUCUCCGACGGCCCCAACGGCGUGCGAGGCACCCGCUUCUUUGACAGCACACCCUCGGCGUGCCUCCCGUGCGGGACGGCCAUCGGCGCGACCUUUGACGUCGACCUCGUCCACCGCCUCGGCCAGCUGCUGGCGGACGAGGCGCACGCCAAGGGUGCCCACGUCCUGCUCGGGCCGACCAUCAACACGCAGCGCGGGCCCCUCGGCGGGCGCGGCUUCGAGUCGUACUCGGAGGACCCCGUGCUGUCGGGCAUCCUCGCCGGGCACUACGUCCGGGGCGUGCAGGAGUCGGGGGUGUCGGCGACGCUGAAGCACUUCGUCUGCAACGACCUCGAGAGCGAGCGCAUGGCGGUCAACGCGCUCGUGACGGACCGGGCGAUGCGCGAGAUCUACCUGCUGCCCUUCAUGAUCGCCAUCGAGAUGGGCCGGCCGCGGGCCAUCAUGACGGCGUACAACAAGGUCAACGGCGUCCACGCGGCCGAGAGCAAGGCGAUCCUGCAGGACAUCCUGCGCGGCGAGUGGGGGUGGGACGGGCUCGUCAUGAGCGACUGGUUCGGCACGUACAGCACCGCCGAGGCCAUCAAGGCCGGCCUCGACCUCGAGAUGCCCGGGCCGAGCCGGUGGCGCGCCGGCGCCUUGUCGCACGCCAUCAUGUCCAACAAGGUCAAGGUCGCGGAGCUCGACGCCGCCGUGCGCAACGUCCUCCGGCUGGUCAAGCACGGCCUCGAGAACACGUCGAUCCCGCCCAACGCGCCCGAGACCGAGGCCGACACGCCCGCGCACGCCGCCCUCCUGCGCGAGGCCGCCGCCAAGUCGCUCGUCCUCCUGAAGAACGAGGGCGGCAUCCUGCCGUUCGACCGCGCCAAGACCGUCGCCGUCAUCGGGCCCAACGCCAACAUCGCCACCUACUGCGGCGGCGGCAGCGCGGGGCUCCGGGCCUACCGCGCCGUCACGCCGCUCGAGGGCGUCAGGUCCCUCGUCGGCGGUGGUGGUGGCGACGGCAACGACAACAGCAACGGCAAGGUCUUCUUCUCCCAGGGCGCGUACGGCCACCAGUCCCUGCCGCUGCUCGGCAAGGCGCUGACGACGCCCGACGGCAAGCACAAGGGCUUCGUGCUGAGGAUCUACAACGACCCGCCGCCCAGGGCCACGGAGCGGGCGGCGGACGGACGGAGCGCGCUCGAGGAGCGGGUGCUGGACGACGCCAACAUCUGGUUCGUCGACUACGAGAACGCCGAGCUCGCGCCCGUGUGGUGGGCCGAGACGGAGGGCGUCCUCGUGCCCGAGAGGUCGGGCGAGUGGGACUUUGGGCUGUCGGUGCACGGCACGGGCGAGCUGUACAUCGACGGCGAGCUCGUCGUGUCCAACGUGGAGGACCAGCGGCUGGGGAGCAGCUUCCUCGGGUGCGGCACGGUGGAGGAGGUGGGCAGCAAGAGGCUGGAGGCCGGGCGGUCGUACCGGGUGCUGGUGCGGUUCGGGUGCUCGGCGACGACGAAGCUGAAGGCGUCGGGCACCGUCGACUUCGGCCAGGGCGGCGUGCGGUUCAGCGGGUGCCCGAGGCUGGAGCCGGCGGCGGCGAUCCGGGAGGCCGUCGAGGCGGCCAGGAGCGCCGACCAGGUCGUCGUCUGCACGGGGCUCAGCGGCGAGUGGGAGUCGGAGGGGUUCGACAGGACGACGAUGGCGCUGCCGCCCGGCACGGACGACCUCGUGGCGGCGGUGCUGGCGGCGAAUCCGAACACGGCGGUCGUCGUGCAGAGCGGCACGCCGGUGGCGAUGCCGUGGAUCGACCGGGCCGGCGCCGUGCUGCACGCGUGGUUCGGCGGCAACGAGGCCGGCAACGGCAUCGCGGACGUGCUCUUUGGAGAGGUGAACCCGGCCGGAAAGCUCCCCCUCACGAUGCCGCGCCGGGUGGCCGACAACCCGGCGGCCCUCAGCUUCCGCUCCGACAACGGCCGCGUGCUCUACAGCGAGGACGUCUACGUCGGCUACCGGUGGUACGACACGCUCGACGUCGAGCCGCUGUUCCCCUUUGGGCACGGCCUGUCCUACACGACGUUUGAGCUCUCGGAUCUCGAGGUGUUUGAGGCUCCUCCGGCCAAGGAGGCCAACGGGUACACCAACGGACACACCAACGGACACACCAACGCAAGCGACACCCUCGUCGUCCGCGCCAGGGUCACCAACACGGGCCCCCGCGCGGGCGCCGAGGUGGUGCAGGUCUACGUGACGCCGGCGGCGCCGACGCCGCUGACGAGCUCGACGCGCGACGCCAUCACGCGGCCGGCCAAGGAGAUGAAGGGCUUCGCCAGGGUGUCGCUCGAGGCCGGCGCCAGCGGCACGGCCGAGGUGGCGCUGGACGUGCUGCGGGCGACGAGCUACUGGAGCGAGAUGGAGGACUGCUGGCGCAGCGACGCCGGGACGUACGGCGUCCUCGUCGGGACGAGCAGCCGGGGGCGGUUCCUGGAGGAGACGGUCGUCGUGGAGAAGACGAGGAGGUGGAAGGGCCUCCGCGCGUAG